GAUAAAGUAUGUUUCAAUAGCAAUAUACCUUUAAGCAUAAUGGCUAUUAUACAACGUGGUAUUUUUCUUCUAUUUCUAAAUUAUAUCGGCGUUACUUCAGCUCAGCUAAACCUUAGAGAUUUGCGUUUGGAUUUAUCACGUCGACUUCCGGACCGUUUUAUUCCUCGAGAAUUGCCAAGUGGGCCAAUUAGAGAAUUACCAUGGAUAUUUCCUGAACCUAUUAGAUCAACUAAGAAGCCUAUCGUAAUACCGGUCGACCCACCGUUGUCAGGGAGAAGCGAAAUGGAUCUAGCGUUCAUUAUGGACGCCACCGGAAGUAUGUCACCUUAUAUAAACAAUGUGAAGCAACACAUUAAGGAUCUCGUCAACGAAAUUGUUGCAAGCUCAAAUACUGAUCUCCGCAUAGCAUUUAUAGAAUACAGGGACCAUAAACCGGAGGAUAGAACAUUUGUCACACGUACACAUCAAUUUACAAGUUCUGUGUCAGAAAUGAAGACUUGGCUCAACGCUGCACGCGCAAACGGAGGAGGCGAUGGACCGGAAGCGGUUGCAGACGGUUUGGCGCAAGCAAAAAAUCUGAGAUGGAGGCCUAAUGCUGCUAAAAUCAGUAUCUUGAUAACUGAUGCGCCACCACAUGGUCUGGUUCCAUCAGAAGACAAUUCUUUUCCAAACGGAACAGCUAUUGAUCCAAUCGAAGUCGCCCAUGAGUUGGCUAGAAAAGGUAUACCAAUUUAUACGGUUGGAUGUGAACCAUCUAUCAUUCCCUACAAAGAUUUCUUUAUGGCUUUAGCUUUUCUGACAGGUGGACAGUACAUUCCUUUGUCAAGACCUCAUUUUCUAACUGACGCUGUGAUAGGAGGCGCAAAGGAAGAACUUUCCCUAAAGAAAUUUUCAGCGGAUGUUCAAUCGGAAAUAAAGAAAGUUGCAUCACGGGGCGCGGCCGUAGAUGAGCAGCAGAUUGCGCAGACGGUAUUCAAUAGGUUAAAAGGGCAAGGCGCUAAAACUCAACAACUUCUUAAAAACAGUAAACCGUUAGAGGGCGCGUCUGCUCAAGCUAAGGCUAUGGCAACGACGUCCUCGUUACAGGAAGCUAGGAAACAUUUUACGAAAGGUGCAGGGAGCACAAGUAGAGGUUCUGGUAUAUUGAGUGUUAUUCCUCGCCGCCCUAGUUUCGGCGUUAGAAGAAGAAUUGGAGGAAGUGGUGGUGGAGGCUCAGUUUCAUUAAGUGACAGAAUAUCUGGUAUUAUGAGAUCAGGAUCUGCAGCUGGCCCAGACACUACAUCUAGAAUAUCUUCCGGGUCAGGAAUGUCUGCCGCAGACGAAUCGUUCGCAGCUGUUGAGAAAUCCAUUAGUUUAGAUCAGGUAAAACGUUUAGUACGGCUCGAGUCCGCUAAAUUAUCACGAUGAGAACUGACGAUUUUCUCUGUAAAGAAAUAAUACAAUAUAUUUCUUUUAUACAAUCAUUUGAUUUUUUUUUUCAAAAUACAAAUUAUGAAGAAAAAAAUAUUUUUGCAACAGAAAUAUAGCUUUUACACUUUAAUAAUGGGUACUAUCAAUUGGUUUAUUGGUAAACUGAAUGUAGUUGUUUGCUUUAAUUAUUAAAUGCCGGAUGUCAUUUUGUUUUGCCAUUAUUAAUACUGUUAAAAAUAUACCCAUUUUAGACCAUGUGCAUUCAUUUAUUUUUUACUCAACUUAGUUGACUUGUAUCUACAGCUUCCUAUAAUUGUGUAUCUUAGAAACUGGCAUUAUUUUACGAUCACAAACAUGUAAUAAUUGAGAUAUCAUUUUUUUUAAAAAUGCAAAUAUAAAAAGUAUAUGUCUUUUCAUUAUUUUUAUAGAUCCAUUGUUCUUUUAUUGUUGUUGUGUUGUUUUUCACUUGUAAUAAAAUUCAAAACGUUGCCAUAUUUGUCAAUA